AUGAGGUACCUCUGGGCAUGCUGCACUAUAGUGGUUCAAUUUGUUAUAUAUAUAGAUGCAGCUUAUUGUGAUUUUGACCAUCCACAUGGCUCACUGGCCAGCAGUGCUCUCGUCAGGUGUGACAUGGAUAUCGACGACAUUGCCUCCGCAUCCGCCAUAUGCCCACGUCAAAUCAACAACACAGAAUAUGUUUGGCACCCUCGUUCAACAUUGGAUGAGCAAGCUCAUAUCAACACAUACGUGGGCGGAAAUGGCAGGAUCACUUCCGUUGCUAUUUCGGAUGUCGUGCAUAACGACUCCUCGAAUAAACUUAUCUGGGUGGAAUCGAAUCAGUCAGAUACAGAACUGCAUUUCAACAAACCAGCUGAUCAAUUUGUUGCAAUUACCGAACACCGUUUGAUAUUCAUCUGUGGGCCAAAAGAUUUUGUUUUGAGUGAUGCCUUGCAGCGUCACAUCGACCGUCUCAAUGACUUUAGUCGAAUGCAAGCACUUCCUUGGACCUCUACUACACCUCUUGCUCAUGAAAUGUCUAGGAUAGGAAGGGGUAUGGGGUUGCUAUUCAUGAACAGAGGCCGCCAACAUCUACCCCUUCAGGGUUGUGGAAGCCGUCCAUCACCACUGUUCGCCCCGGAUAACGAGGUGACUGUAGAUCCCAUCACCGGAACACGUUCAUGCGUGGCAGAUCCAAUGUCGAAAUCACGCAUAGGAUUUCUUUGCGAAGGUCGUCUUGAACCCGAUGAUUGCAUGAGAUCGCUCUUGGACAAGAAUGGAGGUUUUGUGACUGCUCAUCCACCACACAGAUAUUGGAAAAUUGAUAAUCAUAGGCCUUGGGUGGUGGCGCAAUAUUUUGAGAAGUUGGCAUUCCAGCCAUUCAAUGGUGAGUGCAAGUGUAUAGAUCCCGAAACAGGUCAGGUGAAGGCCAGGAUAGAGAUCCGCUCUAAAACUGAGUACAUUUGUGACAUUGCCAGCAAGGUUUUCCGUGACCGUUACCACCCCAUACGUGGCCCUUGGUGUUCAGUGGUGCUUCAUCCGGGUAGCACCUUGACCAUAAAGUUGCCAACAAAGAUUGUGGAUCUGACUGCUAUUAACAAGACUUUCCACUGUGAUUCUGAGGGGGAUAUUGACGGGGGCUUUACAACUGUCCCAUUUUCGCAACUGCCAUCCAUUUAUGAAUACGAAUCUGAAUUCCUGCCGAAGGACAUGACUACGCUGAGACAACUGAAAUCAAUUCAUGACAUCAAUGCUUACGACGAAAUCCCAUACCACGAAGCCCUUGUUGGAGAUGCCCUUGAGCUGGAUGUUUCACGAAUGUCACUUGGAGAGGUGAAGGUGAAGUAUCUUUUGGGCAAACCUCUCACGUCUAUAAGUGGUGUCAACUCGUUCUUGUAUCAUUGGACAUUGAUGUCUAGGAACGAGAAUGUUCUGGAUAAGAUAAGGGCCGCCAUAAAUGUGUCAUUUGCGUUUACUCAUAGUUACAUGACUGUUGGUUGCGACCGUGGGCCACACAGCGUAUUUGAUCUGGAAAGAAAUGAUGAAUAUUGUGUAGGGAAACAAAUGGGAAACGGUGUAGGCACGACUUAUGAAUGUCUGUACCGCAAAAUGUGGAACGUUGGUAAGGUUGGGAUUCACUGUCGGGCGGACGAGCAGUUGUUGCCGAACAACUGUGAUUCCAUCGGAUACGAUCUCUAUUUGAACGGGAUGGUUCCAUUUCCUGAAUCUAUGAUCAGUGCGAUACCCUAUUCACAUCGAGGAUUUCAGCUGCUGGACUUUGAUUUAAAUGAUGAUGACCCUCUCAGUUACGCUUGCAUCUGUGUCGACCAACGUGGAUACGAGAGAUCUAAGCUUAUUUUAGAGUCCAAUCGUAAGGUAAAGUCUACCUUCGUAGUACGUCGCGAAAAAGUCUCUCAUACACUGACUCCUUACACGUUACUACCUUGGAGUGAAGUGGGAGUUCUAGAUGAAGGCCUCUCAUCCUAUGAACAUAUUGUGAUGCACCACGCAGUAGAGAAAUCCAUUGCAUUACAAGUAGGGACAACAUUGCUCAUGACAUGUGGGAUUGGUUUCGUUGCGUCGUCAGCGCAUAGGUUCAACAAUGGUAAAAGGUUUUGCGGGGUGACGGUGGAUUGGCUACCAUACAAACCCGAAGAAUUCUACUACACUGUAAGUCAUGCUUCACAUGGGCGUAAGCUCAUGAGGACACCACACAAAGAUACCAUUGGCGGUACGCCGGGAGGCCUGGAAAUCAGACACCAAGAAUUUGACAAGAGGCCAGGAUAUAAAGAAUUGGCCAUCACAUCUCGUAGAGGUGCCAUUCUGAUUUCCAAAGAUCCACUUCACAAGAAACAUCUGCCCAUGACGUUCGUUUGCUGCAAAUAUCCUAAACCAUCAGACAUGUCUGUCAUCACUGGCGAGAUAUCUGCAUCAGCUGUUCCACAUAUCACUGAAACAUCGGCGCGAUAUACGUGGCAUCUAGUUCAAGUUGCCGUCGAGACCACGGAUCCCUACAUGCAAGGCUGCGGCGUCACAUAUUUGUCCACUGAGCUAUUCAGACCUGAGACACCCAAGCUCUACUACCCUAACAUACGACAACCGCGCGGUUGUAAGAUAGACCUUAAGACUGCGGGUGAGGCGGCGUUCUACUGCCCAGCACCGUACGUCCUGGACCCACCAAACUGCUUCAGCCAAGUAUUAGUGGAUGGUACCGUGAAGAACAUAAACGACCUCAGCCAGUCGUUGGUGGCGUCUCGAUCCAACCAUUUUGUCAUCCUGAGCUACGAUAGCUCACUCAUAGGGCAAGAUGAGAAGCUACGGCACAUGCCGCCGUUGCAAUGUCGUUGCGUCACCAUCAAGGGUGUCAUGCUCUCCACCAUACAGAUUGAGAACUAUUACUCGAAGUAA